AUGAGGCCUCCGGGCAAUAGGGGAUCAUGGGGCCCCUGUGUCCUUGCCCAAACUCAAAAAAGCCUCACAAAAAAAAUGGCCUGGUCAGGAAAAGGGAUAAAUCCUAUGGAGGGCAAGUGGUUAAAUACAUAUAAUGUAGGUGUGAAAUUGUUACAUUAGGGAUCAGGGGCGGACUGACAACUCAUGGGCCCCCAGGCAAUAGGGGAUCAUGGGGCCCCUGUGUCCUUGCCCAAACUCAAAAAAGCCUAUGCAAAAGGUAUCAGGGGAAUCUCAUGGGGCCCCCUACUGACCCCAGGCCCUCGGGCAGUGCCCGAGUUUCCAAAUGGUCAGUCCGCCCCUG